AUGCCGUCUGCUGCUACUGCAGCAGCAGCGGCAGAACAAGCAGCAGCAACUGCUGCUGCUGCACCAGCUUCUUCGGGAUUAGGAGAGAGCUGUGAGGACGCUGCUGCUGCAGCUGCUGCUGCUUCUCCUGAUGCUGCAGUGCAUCGUCUCUCAGAGGCGGAGGAGAUGGAGCAGCAGCAGGAGACAGAAUAUGGCGCUAGAGGCAGCAGCAGCAGCAGCAGCAGCAAGCACAAGGCACAGCUGCAGCUGCAGCUGAAGCUGAACCCGGGGGGGGCAGCAGAGGAGAGGGAGGGUGUAGGAGCUCUAUCGAGCGGCAGCAGCCGUUGUAGGAGCAGCAGGAGCAGCAGCAACAACAGCAGCAACAACAGCAGCAACAACAGCGGCAGCAGCAACAGCAGUGAAGGACUGCAGCAGCAGCAAGAGUUGUCUGCUGUUGCAGAGUUUCAUCUACAGCUGCUGGAUACAAAGCCUGAUAGUAAGGGCGCGCUGCUGCUGCGCUCGCAGCUGCUGCGGCGUUCUUUAGCUUCGAUUCAGCAGCAGCAACGAGACCUGGCUUUGUUAGGUGCUGAUGCCUCAAGCGAGAAGGGGGUGUUUUGUCUUACUAACCCGGCGGGGGGAGACAGCGAUGUGUUUAUUCCUCUUUUUCUUUCUUCUUAUUUCAAAGAAGAAAUGCAGAAAGCAACGCAGAGCAGCACAGACACGUCAAAGCAGCAGCAGCAACGACAUCACCAAAGACAGCAGCAGCUGCAGCAGCUGCUGCAGCAGCAGCAACAGCAGCAGAAACAGCAGCAGCAGCAGCAGCAGCAGCCUGGGUCUGUUGAUGCUAUAAAAGAUUCAAAUAUCGCUCGCUUCGAUUGGAGCCAAGGAUACUCCCCCCGAUCAAAACAGCAAACUAGAAACAAGCAGCAGGAGACGAACCGGAUGGUGCGUGAGCUGCUGCUGCGGGAGCAGCAGCAACUGCUGCAGAUGGGGGGGUUCCUGCAGCAGCAGGAGGUGCAGCAGCAACUCGAUGAGCUGCAGCAGGUGCUGCAAGGGUGGGAUAAAGUUGAAGCUUAUGAUGCCCAGAUAGAAGAAACAGAGAGAAGACUAGAAAAGCUAGAAGCAGCGAUUGCUGCUACAAGGCAGCAACUCAGAAUGGGCUUCAUUGGGUGCUCCCCAGACUCAGAGUCUGCUGAGGCUGAGGCUGACGCCACUGCAGCAGCAGCAGCAGCAGCAGCAGAAGCAACAGAAGCAGCAGUACCUGGAGGAGAGAAAGAACAACACCAACAAGAGCAGGAGCAGCAGCAGGAACAGCAGCAGCAGCUUGCUGCCCCGUUGCAGCAGAUGCUGCCCCCUGAUAUGGAGCUGCUGCUGUCGGGGGACACGCUGUGCUGCGGGUCCCCUGAGUUGCUGCUGCAGCAGCUACCUCAACUUCACGUGUACAUACACCACAACGUGCAGCAGCAGCAGCAGCAGGAACAGCAGCAGCAGCAGGAACAGCAGCAGCUGCAGAAAACGAAGCAGCAGGAGCAACCAUACAGUCUACAUCUGCAGCACAAGCAGCAGCAGCAGCAGAAGCAACAGCAGCAGCAGCAGAACGCUGCUCCGCUGCAUACGCUUCGCUUGAGGCCUUCGCUGCAUCUGCUGCCCGCGACAGUGGGCCUGCCUUCACGUAUGUUUAUAUAA